CCCCCACGCUGCACCAGGAAGGUAGAGAUUCCCUGGGGUCAAGGGAUGGUUGGACUGGGCCAGGCCGCAUCUUUCCACCCUAUACAACCCAACCAAAAACAAUCUUUGUUAUCGAUUCAGCUCAAAUCAUGUCGUCUCAGAAGCCAUACACCUGCAAGUGGGGAAUCCUAGCUACAGGAGGAAUCGCAAAGAAUUUCGUCGAAGAUCUCCUCGCACCUGCAUCAGAGCGCAACGUAUCUGAUAUCCGACACGUCGUCAGCGCCGUCUCCUCUUCUUCCUCCCUCUCUCGUGCUCAGGAGUUUACCAAGGACCUCAAAUGUCCCAAGGAAACCAAGGCUUAUGGGAGCUACGAGGAGAUGGUCAAGGAUCCAGAGGUAGAGAUCGUAUACAUUGCCACGCCUCACCCCUUCCAUUAUGAGAACACGUUGCUCUGCUUGGAGAAUGGCAAGGCUGUUUGCUGCGAGAAACCCUUCACCAUCAACGCAAAACAGACUGCCCAUCUCAUCAAGGUCGCCAGGGAAAAGAACCUCUUUAUGAUGGAAGCAAUGUGGACUCGCUUCAUUCCCGCUGUGCUGGAGAUCCAACGACUGAUUCACCAGGAGAAGGUCCUGGGAGAUGUCGUGCGCGUCUUUGCGGACCUGAGUCAAAGUUUCCCCAAGGAUCCCAAGCAUCGCAUUUAUGCCCCUGAGUUGGGCGGAGGAGCUUUGCUCGAUGUAGGCAUUUACCCGCUCACAUGGCAGAUGCUCACCCUCUACCAGCACCCAGACAAUGCCCGAACCCUCCCCGACUUCACUUCAACCUUCCUCACCACGCCCCUCACAGGCGUCGACGCCUCCACAGUCGUAGUGGGCAACUAUCCCAAGCUAGGCGCUCAAGGAAUCUCCACGUCCUGUCUGACCGCCAGGACCCACUCGGCGUAUGCAGUCCUGAUCCAGGGUUCAAAGGGAGAUAUCAGGAUCCCGCCCAUGUUGAUGAAUCCCUCCAAAUUCACUCUGGAGCUUAAAGGAGAGGAGCCAAAGACGAUUGAAUUCCCCAUUCCGGGACAUGGGAUGUUCUACGAGGCAGACGCAGCCGCCCGAGCUCUGCGCGACGGCAAAAAGGAGGUAGACAAUUGUCGACUGGAGGAGGACAGUCUGGUGAUGAUGAAGAUCAUGGACGAGGUGCGGGCCAAGGGCGGUUUCAAGUACUCGGACGACGUAGAGGCAGUCAGAAGCGGAGCGUGAGCAUGUGAAUCUCUAUGGAAAUCGUGACUUUGGAUAGCUCAAGGAAAUUGUAACAAUGGUUUUCCCUGUACAAGGUCGAGCCUUUUGCGCUGAGAGGCUCGCUCACCACC